AUGCUGACCGAGAGAGCCGCAAUAGACUUCCAUCAAAGCGGGGACCAACCAAUACAGAGUGAUGAUCCUUGGUAUCUCACUGACUUCUUGAAUUCCCGGGAUAAUAUCGAUGCCUCCCUGAAUCAGUCAAUCGAAUCCACCGACCACUGCCAUGAAUACAGAGGUCCUGGUAAGCAAAAUCCACAGACCAUUCAUAUGGCGUCCGAUAAUCCAGAGACCGCUUUGCCCUCCACUGAGAACGGUGGCUACCAUGAUGCAGAGCCUGAUUUGGGUCCACCGGAAGAUUUAUCACUUUUUUUAAGCCAAAUAAUGGUGAAGUUGACUAAAAUCCACCAUAAAUUGACUGGGGAUGAGCGGCGACCUUCACCCCCGCCACCGGGCAGGAGAACAACAAGACUACCAAUCUCCGAUGAAUGCUUCAAGUCCCAACUUCAAGCUAAUAUUCAAGCUGCGGAGCAAAUAUUGGAGACAUUGGGUCGCAUCAAUGAUGACCAAUCUCGACGAGUGAUAUCCGACAUGGAAGGGCAUUUACCACAAAAAAGCUUUGGAACAUUCGAAAAGCGACGAUCCUUGAAAGCCCCCGUCUCUACACAUCGACAAAGAGAUACCACGCCAUUCCCAAGCCCUUAUUCAUCUGUCGGAGAUGAUCAAAUUUCCUUGGAUUCUCUUCCUGAUGAUUCACAGAACAGCAUCACCGCAAUGCUGGUAAUCUCUAUUUAUCUACGUUUGCUACACAACUUUGACAUUUUGGUGUCCAUCAUGUAUACGCGUAUCAGAGAAUGCGAGUCAAAUACGCGGUAUUCUGAAACCACGACAUCAAACUUGGAAGUCCCAACAAAUAAAACCGAGCCAUUCUCUAGUCCUGUGUUACAUGUGUCAAUGGGCAGCUGCUCAUUCUCCUCUGCUUCGGCCACAUCCCUACAGGUGCUCUUUAAUGUUCAAUUGAUUGACACUUUCUCGCAAAAGUGA